AUGCUUGACAGUCGACUCAACAUGCAAGAAAAAAAUAUUGAAGCCCAGAUAAAGGAUCUUAGUGAUGUUGUCCGCAAGCAACAUAAAAAGUCUCAAGAAGAAAUGCUAGUCAUUCAAAAUAGCCAAAAUUUUAUUGGUGCUAAAUUCGAUGAACUAUUAGCUGCAGUAAACUCAUUAAAAGAGGAAAACAAACAGUUGAAAGUCGAAAAUGAAAAAUUAAAGGACGAGAUGAAUCAAAUGAGUUCGAAAAUACUUGAGUUAGAGGAAGCGCAAGAAGAUCUUAAAUUAUAUUCUCAAAGGGAUUGCCUGGAAUUCCAUGGCGUACCCGAAAUGCCAAGUGAGAAUACCGAUGAGUUGGUUACUGAAAUGUGUAAGUUAAUUGCAGUCGACAUUCAAGCUUCAGAUGUCUCAGUGAGUCAUCGUUUACCAUCUAGAAAAG